AGAUCACGUCGUCCACGUUGUGGUUAGCACCUUAACUAACUACUUUAGAUCGUUUUCUCUCUCAGUCUGCUCCCUUCGGAAGCACCCCGAGAAAGCGGUGGGGGGACGGAAACGGGGAUUCCAACCCUAACCCUAGCCCUUCCUCCGCCUUCUCCUCCUCGAUGAGAUGGGAGAUGGAGAUGGAGGAGGUGGAGGCGGUGCUGGAGAGGAUCUGGGACCUCCAUGACAAGAUCAGCGACGCCAUCCACGCCAUCUCCCGCGCCCAUUUCCUCAGCUCCGUCAAGGGUCUCCGCAGCGGACGACAGCCUCCGGUGGCGGCGCCUGCGGCGGCGAAAGGCGGCGGGGAAGGAGGUGAGGGCAAGGGUGGGUUUGUCUUCGUGAAGGAUUUCAGGGUGGAGGAGGACGGCGCGGCGAUGGCGGAGGCCAGGAGCCUCAACGACAUCCGCUCCGCGCUGGAGAACCUCGAGGACCAGCUCGAGUUCUUCCAUACUGUGCAAUCACAACAGCGAGCUGAACGAGAUGCUGCUAUAGCGCGGUUGGAACAAAGUCGUAUCAUUCUAGCCAUGAGGUUGGCUGAGCAUCGGGGAAAGAAGUACAAAGUCAUCGAAGAAGCUUUAGCAUUUGUUGGUGAUGUGCACAACAUGGGCCAUUUUGUCAUGCCAGAGACCCUCUAUGAGAAUGAGAUGACGAGGAGUCGGUCAGGUAAGAAUCUGGAAGACCAUGAGAGCAAAGGGCCUAGUAUGUUGAUGCAAAUGUUCAUAUCAAGCUUCGCCGUGGCCAAAAGGUCAUUCGGAUUGGUGGGCGUCCAAGGGAUUUUAGGGAAUGCCGCGAUGUUCGCUGUAAGUAUGCUUGCUCUUGUGCAUCUCAAUCAAGUUGCUUUUAAGGGUGAAACUGCACCCGCACGAGAUCAGACGUUCUACAGGAGGAGAAAUGAAGAUAGAUUCUCUCGGAUGGAUAAUUCUUCACAUAGUGGCCAAUUGAAGCGACUUGAUGUUCUGUCGGCUAGAGGAUAAGAUCGAGACAUUGAUCCCAGAGUAAUGCCUGUACAUUUUGCUUGCAGUCAUUAGGAAGGUGAAUUUUCCCAAAAAAAUUUUGUCACUUCAUAAUAUGCUUUAUUGUUUUUUUAUUAAAUAUUUUUCCCUGGUAAUUUUCGGAGAGUCAUGUAUAUGGUUGUAUAACCUGUUUGUUCAUAGAUAAAGACAGUCUUGAGUCUGAUUAUUUUCCCUCUUCAGGACAUGCACUAGAGCUAAGAGUCAUGUAUUGUGAACUAUAAUUGCUAUGGAUGCAUGGGGUUAAACUCCAACCACGAAGAAGAUAUUUCUGCG